AAACUAGGCGUCCAUGUACCAGCAUGUAUACCUACUGUACGAAUGUACAAAACACAGCCAACGGCAACAGAUCGUAUCGACCCGAUUAAGUUAUGAAAUCUCAUAUUUUAUCCAAUGUUAUUGACCAGCCAAUCAGCAUCGGGCUUUCAUUAUGUAGGGCUUUCACGCGUGUGAGAACUAUGUAUGCACGUCUGACUCCGAAAAAAGAUAAAACUUCUGCGACAACCAAAGAUUUCCUGUGAAAGGGUGGAUAAAUUGCAAUGAAGCCUCACCAUGAAGUUCUACUGUUAUACUCCGGAAGCUGAACAUACACAAGGCUACUGGGAGGGAGAAUGGCUCAAAGAGAUUUCCUUCAAGGCCUGAUAUUCAUGACACUUGAAAAUAUAGCUGGUGUCGGCAAACGUCAAAAUGAUAUUUUAUUUUCCGCAGUCACGAAUGGCAACAGCUCCAAACAACAAACUGAACCUCGUAUCUCUGGUUCAUCUUUCAAGAGACAUGUGGUAUUCUUUCCUGGUGACGUGCAGAACUUGCACAAGGUGAUGAUGAACCACCCGACAAACCAGAGAUGGGCGUGUUGGAGCUAUGAAAACACAUCUGCUCUCUUACAUCGCCGUUUCCUGAAUUCUUAUGUAUGGUUGAUCAAACCUAGCCGCAUCCAUGAGAAUACUUUCAGUUGCUAUGACAACUUUCUCCCAAGCACUGUGUUUGGUGCACCAGCAAGCUUUGAGUAUUAUGACAGCUUAUUGCAUCUUCGUCACAUUCUUCUGUCUGCUAUUGGCAGAGUAAACUUACAUCUGGCGAAUAUCAUGGAGGUGGCCCCUAUUUCUAAAGAUAUCCCUCUUACCAUCGUUGCCUUUAGUAAAGGCUGUGUGAUUCUCAAUCAGUUCUUAUAUGAACUUGAGUCAGUAAAAACAAAUGCAGACGUAAAAGACUUCUUGGAACUGCUUAGUGAUUUGUAUUGGCUGGAUGCUGGGCACAACUUGAAUUCCAGAGUUUGGGUAACUGAUGAGAGGAUACUACAAGGGCUAACAGAUUCCGGCAUAAAAGUGCAAGUUCAUGUUACACCACGGCAGGUUAGGGAUCCAGGGAGACCACAUAUAGGAGAAGAGGUAAGAAAGUUUGUGGACGUGCUGAAGCAUCAAGGUGCAGAUGUUAAAGAAACGCUUCAUUUCGCUGAUGAACAACGCUCCAUGGAGCAGCACUUUCGCAUUCUGAGGGAAUUUUAACAAUUGUGGCCUUAUUCGUGUAACUUGCUUGAAAGUGGUACAUUGCAAUGACAGAGCAGCUUGACUGCCUCCAGUGCCCUCCACCGUUCUUUCUGUUCCAACAUUCAACUUUGACAUUUUCAAAGAUUAAAUCAUAUUUUCUUUAAAGUGUCUUUUACUAUACUUGACCAAGUCCGCCACAAUCCAUCACUGAACCUGCUUCAAAUAAUGCUUUAGACCACCACUAUCAAAGGUUGUUUUUGAUGGACUUGAUACUCAUGGCUUGCCUACCAGAAUCCCCAAAAUGGGGGAAUGAAUUUUGAUGGAUUUGGGAAGUUUGGGGUUAAUGUAGUUAAUGCCUUAUCACCCAUGCCCUGAAGAAGUUUGAACAAAUUACCUUUGCAGAUAAUUAUGCGUAUAGGUAGUAAUAAUAGUUUUUAA